GUUUCCCAUCACUAGAAAGAACAAGUUUUUAGGAAAACGCUGCCAGUGUACAGUGCGGUGCGAAAAGUAAAAUAUUUGUAGUAAAACAGCCACAGAACCACCGGAAAAGACUGCUAAUAGUUGAAUUGUGGUCCCAUCCAGUAUGUGCGAUAGUUGACGGACCGGCAAACGCAGCCUUUGUCGGUGAAAAAAGUGCAUUUCUGCGAAACGCUGAGCCCGACCUGAUUGCGAUUUACUUGCUGGUGUGGUGGAUCCUUCGCUUACCAGAAGAAAGCAGCAACCGGUGAAGGGCCGCUGCUAGAGUGAGAUAGCAGCUAUUGGUAGCGGAAAGUUGCGGUUAGGUUUCGUCGCCGUCGUCGUCGUCGACGACCGUGUUGGGGUCCAGUGUGUGUUAUCAAAAUAUUGACAUCCGCCGAUGUUCUAAGCGUAAACUAACUCUCAGGAUAGAAUGAAGCGUAAAGCAGGGAACGAUUUAACUACGCAGACACUGUUGGAUUUUGAUUUAGAGGAAAGUUCGUCCGAUUCUGAUUUUCGAAUCGAGGACCAUGACGAUGAUAGUGAUGAUUGCUCUGCCGGAAGCAAGGAUGGAGAUGUGAAGGGUGACAAUGUCGAUAAUGAUGAAGACUCCGAUGAGGAUGAUGAUGAUGAGGAGGAGGAUGAAGAAAGCGAUGAUGAUGAUGAAGAGGAUGGGGCCGACAGCGGAACGACUGGAACUGGCUCGAAGGAAAGUGAUGCUGCGACAAAAGUGGACGUCGCUUGUAUUGGAAAACCUGCAGAGCUGCAGCAGAUUUUAAACAAAAGUAAAGGAUUUGAUAAGGCAACCCUCAAACUACUGUCUACGGCAAUCUGCUGCGCCUGUCUGGGAGAUCGCAGCGAUGAUCAGAACGAAAUUGUUGAAUGCGACGGUUGCGGCGUGACUGUUCAUGAGGGAUGCUACGGAGUAAGUGAAAGUAACAGCGUUAGUAGUACCGUUUCUUCUUGCUCGACGGAACCGUGGUUCUGCGAAGCCUGUAGGGCAGGUGUUUUUGAUCCCGAUUGUGAGCUUUGCCCUAACAAAGGUGGCAUUUUCAAAGAAACUGACGUUGGCAAGUGGGUUCAUUUGGUUUGCGCUCUGUAUGUUCCUGGAGUGGCGUUCGGUGAGGUGGAUCAACUUUCCUCCGUUACGUUGUUUGAGAUGCCAUACAAUAAGUGGGGAGCCAAAACGUGCAGUUUGUGUGAGGAUGCCAAAUUUGCGCGUACUGGUGUUUGUAUUGGCUGUGACGCUGGCAUGUGUAAAACGUACUUUCACGUAACCUGCGCUCAAUACGCCGGCCUCUUGUCGGAAGCCCACUCGGAGGAAGCGGAUCAAGCAGAUCCGUUCUAUGCCCAUUGUAAGAUUCACUCGGAUAAAACUCUCAUAAAACAUCGCAAGCGAAAUUACAAUGCAAUAAGAUUGAAGGCUCAGAACCGCAAACUGGAACAGGAAGCCAGUAAGCUGGAAAAACCCACACCGGAGCAGGUACGGAUAGAGCGGAAAUUGGCUAAAUACAGGAAAAAAUACAUAGCACACAAACAAACUAAGAAUCCGCCCUGGGUUCCAACACAGAAAAUGCCUCGGCUGUUAACGACCAGUGCCACAGCUUGUAAGAAACUCCUGCUGAAAGCGGAACUCAUGGGUAUUGAUGCAGCUGCAAUGGAAUUUCAAGAAGCUCAAAUGACGGCUCUGGCAGAUGUGCGUAAAAAGUGGCACAUUCCACCAGCAUUUAGCGUAGAGUUUAUUGGUUACUAUUUGGAUAGAACGGUUCGCUUGAAAGACAUUAAGAAAAACCUCCAACACCAAGUAACUGCCAACAAGCGGCUGCUGGAAGAGCAGCAGCAGCUUCGGGAAAAGUACGAUUCAACGAUGAAGAUAAAUCAGGAUGCUUUGAAUCGAAACGAAGAGCUGAAAGAAGCUAUCAAAAAACUAUACGAUGACAUUCAUGCCCUCUGUCCGAAUAAGGCACUUAUUCCAAUAGAACAGAUAGGUAAACCACCAUCAGUACCGCCAAUGCAGAACCCGAGCGUCGUAAUAAACACACCAAGUUCCACUCCGCCGGCUAGAACGAUUACUGUUCCAACGGCAGCAGCCCUGAAAAUGGGCGUAGGAUUUCCACUACAAAAUCUCAUUGCCCCCGGGGAUACGGGACGAAUACUCAGCACUCAGUGCAAACAGAACAGCGAAGAGCUGUUGAACGAGUGUGGAAUAUGCAAGCGCUGUUCCGAUCAGCAUUUGCUGGCCAAAUGCGACACCUGCCAUUUGUAUUAUCAUCUCGGUUGUUUGAAUCCGCCCCUCACCAGACAUCCGAAGAAGUCUAAACUUUACGGCUGGCAGUGCUCCGAGUGUGAUAAAUCAGAUGACUCCGGUCCGGAGCAUGUGAUACUGCCAAAGGCUCCGAGAAAAUCGCGCACCCGGUACAGUAAGGACGGAAUUAUAGUGCCGUACGACAUGCCAUCGCCAGAGUUCGAACGGUCUCCACCAGAAAUGUCGUUUGCGAAACGACCGAAAAAAAGUUCUGGUAACAAUAGCAGUUCCGAUUCCCUCUCUACUACCCCGGCAGGAAGCACCAUCGCUACCAACGGUUUUGAAACGAAAGAAGUUCGUUUGGAGCUCCCCAAAAUUGAUCCUGAUCUCGCUGGUAAACUGGGUACCGGUGAUCAACCGCUGGAAAUUACUCCAAAAGGACCAGCCAAACGGGGACGCAAAAAGAAGCUGUCUGCAGGGUCACCACCCUUAACGUCACCAGCCGCAAGCGAACUUUCCAAGGAGAUUUUAAAACAGGAGGUAGUUACUGACGAAGUAAAGCCAAUCGCCAGCACUUCUACGGCUAAAGCGACUUCCAUAAAAGGUGGCAAACCUAAAGAAGAACCUCCACCUGAUACUGUUCCGGUCGAAUUGGUCAAACUCAAUGUUAAACAUGACACAAAAGACAAAAAGAAAGAAAAGGCCGAACCGUGUUUGGGCGCUUCAGUAGUAGAUUUGACGAAAGCGAACGUAAAGCCAGAUAAGAAAGAUAAAGUUAAGGACAAACAAAAUCCCAAAUUGAAUUCUGUGGAAAAAGAUCAAAAGCUGCUCGUUCCUGAGACCAAGUCUUUGCCGUCAGUUACCUCGAAGGAAACGCUAUCUACGACUGCGACCGAUUCGAGUGUCACGAUAACCGCCAGUUCGAGUGACUCGAACGUGACAUUGAAGGAUCCGUCCGCGGGUGCGUCGAAACCACUCGGUUCAGAGAACGCUGCUACCGUUGGAUCUGAAACUGGUGCGUCUUUGUUGACACACAAAUCAUCCCACAAGCACAGCAAACGAAAAAAGGAGAAACAUCGAGAGCAUCACGCCGAGGACGGCGGUUCCAUUGCCAGGGAGCAUAAACGAAAGCGGAAGCGAAAGAACCAUGACAUUGAGAACCCCAACGAUGCCAGCAGCAGCAGCUACAACGAUCAAACCGGCCGUAUUGAGGAGAAUAGACCGAGAAUUAAAAUUAAAAUUAAAUCUGUUCUUGACGGCUCCAACACGCACACAAUAGUUUACGUUCCGAAUGAUAGCAUCGAACCUCCGCGACCAACCACCAAUUGCGAGUCGCUAAUAACAAGCACACCGUUGAGUUCACCCAGUGUACAGCAAGGGCAGAAGGCACCACCUAAAUCCGAUGUUUUGGCUGCAACUGUAUCUGCUCCAACACUAGAAUCUCCAGCUGCAUCGAGCAGCAGAUCUCAGCCAACGCUGGGAGGAUCCGCCUCAGCGCCAGUAAUUGGAACCGCAAAGCUAUCAUCCCCCGCUAGCAGCAAACAAGUGGUGCCCGCUUCGGGUCGGGGACGAGGCCGCCGUCUUAGCGUUGGUAGACCUAACAGAGCCAGUAUGAACAUUUCCAGUAGUAAUACUUCUACGCCCGGUGCUGCCGGUGUAGAAAUAACGUGCGACGUGUGCUCUACCACGGGCACAUCGGGCAACAUUGUUCAAUGUGACGAAUGUCGCAAAAACUAUCAUUUUGGUUGUCUGGAACCGCCACUAAAAAAGACACCAAAAAGGCGAGGCUACUCGUGGCACUGCGCCGAUUGUGAUCCGACGGACACGGAAAACAACUGAGGUCACGUGCGUCCGCGUACCUCCACGAAGCCCAGUAAUUGCGUCAAGUGUAUUUGUAAAAUGUACUGAAAACGAGAAAAAUUAAAUAUUCCUCUCACUGAAACUAAACACAGCGGCGGCAACCAAACGAAAAGUAUUUUACUUUUUUUCUUUCGUAUUGUAAGAAAUACACUAUUUGGUAACUCAUUUAAUAUAUAACUGGAGAAUGUCAUAA